AUGAUUUAAAAUCUCUAGGACUAUGCAUAAUAAUUAGUGAAUAUCUCAAUAUCAGAUGAAGAAGAUAUCAAUGAUUGUUCACCUAUCAAAUAAUCUACUUUUCAGAAUGGUAUUAUCCAAAGUUAAGCAAAAAAAUCAGUAGCAGCUUCAACGAAAGGUUUAGCAAAAUCUACUAGUUCAAAAACAACUAAAAGUAUUAUAAUAUUAUAUAUUAAAAGAACAAGGUGGAGUUAAGUCAAGUAAUGAUAAAAAUAAAGAAAUGAAAGAACAAUUUGAGGAAUAAGCUAAAUAAUUAAAAUGGUAUUAAGAAGAGUAUUAAAGAUUAAAAGAUCAAAAGAAAUAAUUUAAGGAAGGGAAGACUUAAUAUGUAUUUAAAUGCAUCAUUUGAUUAUUAUUAUAGCUUCUAACGAUCAAUACUUAUAAAACAAAAUUAGAGUAAAGUAUAGGUAAUUAAAAACGACUCCAUUAAUAAUUAAAUGAAUAGAUGGAUGUUACAAGAUAAGCCUUUAAAUAGGCUAAUGACGCAUAAAUAGGAUUGGAAUAGAGCAAAUAAAAUUUCUCAUAAUAAUUAUAAAUAGAAGGCCUUACUAAAUAGAGGUAAAGGGAGGACUUAGAAUAUUAAUCCUAAAAGAAACUUGAUCAAUCAGUUAAAUAAGCUAUUGCUAAUGCAGAAAGCAAAUAUGAAUUGAGAAUUCGUUAAAUGAAUAAGGAACUUAAUGUUUUGCGAUAAGAAAAUAUUGAACUACAUAAAAGGCUUAUGCAGAAUGAAACUAAUAAAAAACACAUUUAAGUUUAAAGCGAAUUAGAUUCGUUGAAAACUUAAAAUUUAACUACUAAAGGAUGA